AUGUCCGCCACGUACGGGAACAAUGAGGAGCAAGUGAUGAAGUUCCGGGAGCUGUCCGGGGGGCGGCUGAAGACGGAGGAGGAAGGCGGGAGGCAGUGGCCGCCUUCUUUUAAAUACCAGCCCAACGCUUGCUUUAAGAACCGGCCACCCAAUGAGACUAGAUGCCACGAUUCAGCUACACCAGCGACAAACAUUCUCAUUGGCGGUAAUCUGAUAUUCCUGCUGUUCUUCCGUCUCCACAACUCGUUGGCCAAAGAGCUGGAGGCGAUCAACCCAUGCUGGGACGAUGACAAGCUGUUCUACACAGUCCGGGAGAUAGUGAUAGCUAUGGGCAACCAGGUGAUCUACUACGAGUGGGCGCCCGAAGUCCUCGGUUACGAGUACUUGGUGAAGAACAAGGUUAUAUUUCCCGGAGCGCUGCACGUGGACGACUACGACCCUGAGUUGGAGCCGCGGGUCAGCAUAGAGUACGUCACCGCCACUAGGUGGUUCCACCUGUUGCAGGAGGGGAGAGGAAACCUGUACAACAAGGACGGCAAACUCUGGGGCUCAGUACCGAUAGUGGACCUGACCUUGAGGACCGGAGCCCUACCUCUCAACAACACCAUAGACGGUCUAAUGCAGGGCAGCUUCAGGCAGGGCUGUGCUUUCAACGAGAAUACUGUCGAUCCUGAUAUAGGCGAAAGAAUUCUAUCAGAUCUUCAAAGGGCGUCGGACGUGCUGGCUUCAGAUCUGAUGAAAGGCCGAGACACCGGGCUGCCUCCUUACAACGAAUACCGAAAACUAUGCAAGUUGCCGGUGGCCAAGAGUUUCAAGGAUUUGCAUCAGUGGAUCGGGAAAGAGCAAGUGGAAACAAUGGAGACCCUGUACGAGUCAGUGGACGAUGUGGAGGUGAUGGCGGGGAUCUACUCGGAGAAGCCGAUGAGGGGCGCGCUCGCGGGGCCUACCCUCGCUUGCAUCAUGACUGAACAGCUGCUGCGGUGGCGUAGAGCUGACCGGUUCUGGUAUCAGGGCGUGACACAUCCUUACGGUUUUAGUCCGGAACAACUGAAGGCGAUCCAAGACACGUCUCUUUCCAAAGUGAUCUGCGAUCAUGGUGACAGCGUGAUAGCUGUUCAGCCAAAUCCAUUCGUGCUGCCCGGCCCUGGGAAUGAAAUCAUCGACUGCAAAUACUACAAGGGAUUGAACCUGGAACUGUGGCGAGACCCCACAUGUAAAUCUAAGCGAGAAGAGUACCAACAGUAUGAGUACGAGCCAAACCAACCAAAAUCCAAUUGGUAUUAG